ACACACCUAAAUCAUCAAGUUUCCUCUGCCUUCUCUACAACUACAAGCAAGUUUUUUUGUGAGAAACUCUUAAGUUUCCCUAAACAAAUAACACUCUCAGAUUGUUGAUAACAUGGCGUUUAAAUUUUCCAGUAUCCUCAAUGCCAAGAAGACUCUUCACAGAUCACUUUCGGGGCUCAAAGAAGCAGCUUUGAAGUCCAGUUCAAUUCCAAAAGGCUACAUUGCAGUCUAUGUGGGAGAGGACCAGAAAAAGCGAUAUGUUGUACCUCUUUCCUACUUGAAUGAGCCAGCAUUUCAAGAAUUGCUAAGCAUGGCUGAAGAAGAAUUCGGAUAUGAGCAUCCGAUGGGAGGACUCACAAUUCCCUGCAGAGAAGACAUCUUCAUUGAUCUCACUUCUCAGUUGAAUUGAUAGUAAAUAUCAUAGCACUAACAUAAACAAUUUUGUAGAUCAUAUACUUUGACCAUGAAAAGGAUUGGUUGACUACUUGUGAAAGUUGUAUAUAGAAAAUUUUCAUUUGAGCCUACAUGUUCUCCAUUCAUUGGAAAUUAAACUAACAUCUUUGGAAAGAUUAA